AUGGCGCUCGCCCGCUUCGUCGUCCUCCUCCUCCUUGGCGCCACAUUGCCUCUUCUCCUCUUCUCUCCAGCAGAGGCGGGGGCAGGAUAUUGGAUAUACGACGCCAACCCCGAGGUGCUCAGGUCGUUCGCCAACACCGGCAUCAAGAUGUCGGUGAUGCUGCCCAACGAGAACCUCGCCGACGCCGCGCGCGACCAGCGCUACGCGCUCGACUGGGCGCGGAACAAAGUCGCGGCGUACCUCCCCUCCACGCGGAUCCGCGCCGUCCAGGUGGGCAACGAGGUGUUCGCCUCCAGGCCGGACCUGACCUGGGCCCUCGUCCCGGCCAUGGCCAACGUGCAGAAGGCGCUGGCGGACCUGGGCCUCGCCGACGCCAUCAAGGUGUCCACGCCGGUGGCGUUCUCCGCGGUCGACGUGUCGUGGCCGCCUUCUGAUGGCAGGUUCCGGAACGACCUCGCGGAGCCGGUGAUGAGGCCCAUGCUCGACCUCCUGCAGCGGACGGGCUCCUACCUCCGUACUUCGCCUACGCCGCGCAAUCGGCCAACGCGAUCUCCCGCGACUACUUCUUGGGGAACCCCAACCAACCCCGGCGUCCGCGACCCCAAGACCGGCCUCAUGUACUACAGCCUCCUGGAUGCCCAGCUCGACGCCACGUAUUUCGCCAUGGAUAGGCUGGGGUUCACUAGUUUGAGAGCGUUCACUGGGGAGACCGGGUCGCCGUCCGGCGGACACCCCAAACACGGGCGGCUCGGGCACGUAUUGACGGCCAAGAAUGGCAACCCGCCGGCGGCGUCAAAAGAGAACGCGCAGGCGUACAACAACAACGUCAUCAAUCGCGUGCUGUCCGGCAGGACAGGCACCCCGCACCGCCCCGACGCCGACAUGGACGUGUACAUCUUUGCCCUCUUCAACGUGAACCAGAAGGGCACCGGGCCGGACGACAUCGAGCAACACUUCAGCCUGUUCUACCCGAACAUGCAGAAGGUGUACGAGUUCGACUUCCACGGCGUCUCGCCGGCGCCGGCGCCGCCGACGUCGAGCUGGUGCGUGGCGAACGCGGCCGUCGGGGACGCGCGGCUGCAGGCGGCGCUGGACUACGCGUGCAGCCACGGCGCGGACUGCGGCGCCAUCCAGCCCGGCGCGCCGUGCUUCGAGCCCAACACCAUGGUCGCGCACUUCUCCUACGCGUUCAACAGCUACUACCAGCGCAAUCACCGGGCCAGCGUUACGUGCGACUUCGCCGGCGCCGCUUCCGUCGUCUACCACGCACCAAAGUACGGGAACUGCGUGGUCCCAUCAAAGACUUGGAUCCAAGAAACAAUAACAGCGAAGUCGGAAGGCUAUGCUGCCAUCUGA